GGGAAAUAAUACUGCCAUGUUAGCGACACCGCUAGCUGGCAAGCAAGAUAUUCAGAUAGGGUAACAUUUGCCAGCUGUUUUUUUCCUUUCCCUGCCUAACCAGCAUUUUGAGUGUUGAACUCUGCCUCCUUCUUCUUGCAGCCAGCAGAUGUUUAAGUAGCCCGGCAAUCGUCCGCCGAAAUUAACGAUUUUAAAAGAGACAUAUGGGUCUGAUAACUGGGUUGUGAUACAUUUGGUCACGUCAUUGUUUACAGACUCUGAAAGAGUGACUAGAGGAAGUAGAGCUGGCGAAAACAGCAGUGCACUCAGCCACAGACACUUAGCAGUUCAGCUAACGUUAACGUUAGCUUGCUAGUGAUGGACCUGAACUGAUUAGUUAGGUAGUUACACUUGGUGGCUGUGCAUACGCUGAGAUAUGCUUAGCAGCCGAGGAAGACUAGCCUGAACCUCACAAGUAACACGAAAACGGACUGAAAAAGCAAAGAAGAUGGUGACUCGAAUAGCAUACAACUGAAACUUCUGGCCAGUAAGCAGAAGUGUCAUACCCUGACCAGCUCGACUCUCAAAGGCACGAAGUCAAAAUCAGGCCAUGGCUGACUCAAGCUUGGACCUGAUUGGAGGGGAUCUUCAGAGCGUUGAUAAGGAGGAAACCUCGGUGACCCAGGAUGACCCCAAAGAAGAGGGUAUUGUGCCCGCUCAUCCGGCAGCAGAGGGUGUCGACCAGGAUCAAGAUGCUGUUGAAUCUAAAGACUCGACCGGACUUUUACUCUCGGAAACCUCGGCCCAAGAGUCGGAGGACUCGGCCAAUCACAGAGAGACGCCAGCCUUGAGCCAGGUCACGGAGUCCGCUAUGGGGGCGAUGGAAGAGUCGCGUUCCACCCCUGUGAGCGAAGGUCUCGCGGAGGAUGAAGAGAGCCCUGUGGGGGCCAGCAGGUCGGAUGAGCAGAGCCAGUCGGCCGACUCAGCCUCCUUCUCCGUGCCCAGCCUGGAGUUCUCCGACGGAAACAACGGCAACUCCCUGGACGAGCCGCUGUCGUCAUCCUACUCGGCCCUGGGUGCGGAGGGGCAGUCCCCGUCUGUCGACCUCCCCUGCUUAGCCGAUGAUGUCACAGGGGCUGCCGCCACCGCCGCCGCCGCUGCCGCCAGUGGUGGCCCGGACUCGGAGUCAGUCAUGCCAGCCUACUACUUUGUGAAGUGGAUCACCUGGAAGGAGAAGAAGACUCCCAUCAUCACCCAGAGCGAGAACGGGCCCUGUCCGCUGCUGGCCAUCAUGAACAUCCUGUUCUUGCGCUGGAAGGCCAAAUUGCCUCCCCAGACCGAAGUAAUCACCACAGAGGACCUGAUGGCACACCUUGGAGAGUGCGUCUUAUCCGUUAAACCCAGGGAGACCGCGAAAGGGAUGGAACUGAACUUUCAGCAGAACAUGAGCGACGCCAUGGCUGUUCUGCCCAAGCUGUCCACCGGCCUGGACGUCAACGUCCGUUUCACGGGGGUGUCGGACUUUGAGUACACCCCUGAGUGCAUCGUGUUCGACCUGCUGGACAUCCCCCUCUACCACGGCUGGCUGGUGGACCCUCAGAGCCCAGAGGUGGUGAAAGCUGUGGGGAAGCUGAGCUACAACCAGCUGGUGGAGAAGAUCAUCGACUACAAGCACUCGGCCGACAGCAGCCGCGUCAGCGAAGGACUCAUCGCCGAGCAGUUCCUGGAAUCCACGGCGACGCAGCUGUCCUAUCACGGCCUGUGCGAGCUCAACACCACCGCCAAGGAGGGCGAGCUGUCCGUCUUCUUCAGGAACAACCACUUCAGCACCAUGAUUAAGCACAAGGACCACCUGUACCUGCUGGUGACGGACCAGGGCUUCCUGCAGGAGGAGGGGCUGGUGUGGGAGAGCCUGCACAACGUGGAGGGUGAUGGCAACUUCUGCGACUCGGAGUUCCGGCUGUGCCACCCGCCCCAGAGGAGCGGCCCGCUGGUGCCCCCUACCCCCCAGCAGCAGCAGAGGCAGAUCGACCAGGACUACCUGGUGGCGAUGUCCCUGCAGCAGCAGCAGGGUGUGGCCCCGGGGCCCCUCAGCGACCUGGAGCUGGCCAGACAGCUGCAGCAGGAGGAGUACCAGCAGCAGCAGCAGCAGCAGCAGCCGUCCUCGUCCCAGGCUUCAGCACAGCAGGUCAGAGGUCAGGUGGUGGCCCAGCAGGGAGGCCAGAGGAGACGGGCGGAGAAGAAAGAGGAUUCGGAUUGUGCCAUACUAUAGCCAGUCCCUCCCCGGCCCAGUCCCUGCCCCUCAACCCUUCCUGUUCCGGAAGCCUGGGUCCUCACAGAGCCUGGUGACCCCCACCCCACGCCUGACUGAGAGGGGUGAACAUGGUCACCCCCCUGCCCUCACCCCCCCCCACCCUCCUCACACAAUCCCUCACACCCCGCACAGCCUUGAAGUCCCGCCAACCCACUCGUGGAAGAAGAGAAACCCCCACAGCUUCACGUCAGAAUUUUCUGGCACGCCCAGACAAACACACACCAAGGGGGAGCGCAUUGUAUGGGCCUGCUGCUUCUCACUGCCAAGUUUAACUACAGCUGCUAGGACGGAUUAAGCAGACAAAUGAUCUUAGCUUCGGGACAGCCUUUGACUUUGACCGAUGUAGGGGACCUUUGGGUCGACGUACAGCCAAGCAAGAGACACAGGAGAGUUACCCAAAGUGCAUUCUUUAGUAACCGGAUACCUGCUUGAAUUUCUAACUCAUCCAGUACUGUCUGCUUAAUAUACGUUUCUCACUGAAGCCAGAGCUUCUCACCAGUCAAACGUUUAGUUGGUGGUUUUUUGGUUGAGGAGAUAUCUGGGCUGUAUUGUAUUGGCAGAGCCCCAUGCAUGUUGCAGUAUGAUGGGAGAUGUAGUCUAGAGCUUGAGAAGUUGAAGGUUGGGACUACAACUCCCAUCAUCCACUCCAACAGUCUAAAUCCAGUCUUAAUCGAGGCAGCCCAGGAGUCCUGAGGUACUGAACAAUCCCAGUGUCCCGUGUCAGAAAUGAGAGCCUGAGCAGGCAAAAAUGUGGUUGACCCAGUCCAUUCCACUCCAAGAUUUGCGUCAUUCAGUUAAAAUUUAGCACUCGAAUAAUAAAUUGGAACAGAAUGAUCGUAGUUGACAGCAGUGAUCAUCUUCCAGGUGCGAAACACAAUUUAACUGAAUGGGUGGGUAUUUAUUUUGAGUUUUGAGCACAAGCGUGGUUUCUUUCUCUGGGAGAUUCCUGGCCUAUUUCUAGAACAGCUUCUCUCUCAGCUCUCGGGUCCUGACCCCGAGAGAACAAUGUCUCCAGUGCUGCGGAGCCUCCACUAAAUUCCUGUCAAAUGCACUGCGCGCAAUUAAACUAGUGUGGGAAAGGGGAACGGACUGCAUUAGGCUUUUUAAAAGCGGAUGCCUUCAGGGAAGCGUUUGCAGGGCUUGGGUUGCUUUGGCGGGGCCUUGUCAUCGCUGUCAGCAGCUGUGGUUGGCAGAUGUAGUACGAAACUGAUUUGGGGUGAGGGGUUCACCACAAAGGCCUGUCGUCUUUCUUAUUAAUAUUUGAAAAUGAAUGGUGGAGGGGCGGGGCAACUUAAAAGAAGCAUACGUAGUAGCAGAGUUAUUAGACAGCAAAGGGAACUUGGCACUUUAGCCCCUGGGGCUGGCAAAUCAACAUUACUUGCAAAAGUUCAAAUCCGUAAAUCCUCAGUAAGAA